CCAAGGUGCUGUUCGGCCGGGGGACGCUGCUGCAGUCCAGCUACCAUGUGCAGCUGCUGGCCAUGUCGGCCUACAUGGCCUCCUCGGGAGUGGGGGAGCAGUACCGCCACUUCGCCGCGUACUUCAGGUGGAGCGUUAUGAGUAUCAAGGGCAACAUUCGAACGCUCGACGCCGGUUUUUCCAACACCGUACAGGACGUGAACGCAACAGCGCUUGCCAGGAGCAGCAUCCAGGGAGGCUGGCCGGUCACCCUGCCGCCCCAGCCGCCCCCCUCACCCCUGACUCUCCUUUUGGCCCCUCCCCCACUGACCCUACCCGGCUUGUAUGCUGAUGACGCCACAAACGGAACUGUGUACGGGGUUGACAGCCAAUCUGCAGAUGCAGAGUCCGCGGGAAGGCGGCUGCAAACGGCGGCGGGCCC